AUGGUUGGACCAGGAAUGAAGAAUAUUGGGAAAAAUCCCAUAAUCCAAACUGAAAACAUGCAACGCUUCUCCAGAGGGAAACGAGUCCAGGCCAUCUUUACGCCAAGUAUCCGAGAGUUUAAUUUGCGAGAUGAAGAACUAGAUGAUGAUGUACAUGCAUCAUCAACUGUAAUUGUUCCACGAGUUGGGACUAAGCGUCCACUGGCAUUACCAGAAAAUUCCAUGGCAAAAGAUGCUCAAAACACAAGAGACUUGACUCCUACUAGGAAUGAGGAGCAAAUUGUUCAAGCUCCUACUAAGGCUACCCGCAUAACUAAAGGAAUGGAUGCUAGGGAUUGGGCAGUUCUUUGUGAAAUUUUUGAUGUUGAUGAUUUCAAGAAACGUCUGGAAAAUAGAAAAGUCACUUAUAUUGAAGCUUAUAAGGUGGGCCAUUAUUCUAACAUAAAGGGCGCGAUGGUUAAUGAGAAAGCGAGUGAAACCCUGGCUAAAUUAGAAAGUCUGAAAAACACUACGGACAUGGAUGAUAUCGAUGUUUGCCUGGAAGUCAUUAAGGGUUUACUUGGUCAUGCACGUGGACGAUCCACACCAAAGAAACAAGUUUUAGCAAUUGAAAGAAGCCGUGAUGAGAUCGAAAAGGCCGAUAAAAGAGCCGAGGAAGCAAAAAAAGAAAGACAACUUUUGGCUGAACAAGUUGCUAUUAAUGUAGAGGAGUAUAAGAAAUUGAAAGAGCGUCAAAAGCAGUCCGAUGAUAAGUUAGAAGAAAUGAAUCGCAAACUUCAACUUCUUCUUCAAGGCCAAUCUCCAAAUAAUGUUUUUCCUGAAGCCGAUCAAGUUUAUUUAACAAGUAUUAAGUCAAUGGAUAAGAGUUGGAUACAAAUCCAUAAUAGAACAGACAAACGUUAUGGAAAAGGUGUGACUGAAUUUUUGGAGUUUGCAUAUAAGAACUUGGAUGAGUCAGAUGAGAUUCCUUGCCCUCGCAAAAUAUGCAACAAUUAUUUUGAUGGUACAAGAGAGGAGGUGGAAAAGCAUUUAUAUGUUAAUGGUAUUAGAACCAGUUAUGUAAGGUGGAUGUUUCAUGGUGAAGAUGCAACAAAUAACACAAAUCCAGAGAAUGUAGUGAAUGGAGAACUUGAAGAUGGGGAUGAUGACUUAGAAGAAAUGAUACGUGGUAUUGGACAAGGACAUGAUAUUCAGAGAGAAUUGCAACUCCUUGCACUUGAAUUUCCUAUUCUCGGAAAGGGGAAAAAGGUUAUUGAAGAGGCACAACCAAAGCAGCAACGAAAGCGUAAGCGGUUAAGCAUGUUCAGAACAGCAGUGAACUGCAACUUCCAACUAGCAAAGAUUUCACGUGAAGAGAGUUUAAUAGCAAAUGAGUGGCUGAGAGAGGAGAUAUUUGCUGAAAAGGAGAACAAGGAGGGGGCACUGGAAGUGAGGCUGGAAGCCGACGAUGAGGAAGAAGAGACGAUGGAAGGGCAGGAAGAAACAGAUGAAGUAGCGGUUGACAUGGCUAUUGGAAGAGAGAGAAGAGAAGAAUAUUAG